AUGCGCUUAGAGCGCACUGGAGAGUAGUUCAGGAAAAGGGAGGGGGAUAGCAGUUAGCCAGAAUAGCUAGAAUAAAGUCUUAAAUAAACAGGCUCAUUGUUGAUCAAACAACGUGGGUCCUUGGGAGACCGCUAUCGGAGGCAUUCCGGUCGCCAUUGGGGACCAGGAGAGAGUCUUGGUGGCGUUUUAAGCUGUUCCUUCUUUCAAAGCGGCGUGCCGGGGGAGGACGCGUCUCUUUGAAUAGACAGGAUGCACGGACCGCCCUCCAGCGACAGCGCAUGCCCAUUGCGCCUCAUCAAGAGAGUGCAAUUCGGCAUCAUCAGUCCAGAUGAGCUUAAACGAAUGUCUGUCACUGAAGGUGGCAUCAAGUACUCCGAGACUACGGAAGGAGGCCGCCCAAAGCUUGGUGGUCUUAUGGAUCCAAGACAAGGGGUCAUAGAGCGGACGGGCAGGUGUCAGACAUGUGCAGGUAACAUGGCAGAGUGCCCUGGUCAUUUUGGCCACAUUGAGCUGGCAAAGCCGGUGUUUCAUGUUGGCUUCGUCAACAAAAUUAUGAAGGUUCUUCGCUGUGUCUGUUUCUUCUGCUCCAAGCUUCUAGUGGAUUCUAAUAAUCCGAAGAUCAAGGACAUUCUGGGGAAGUCGAAGGGGCAGCCACGGAAGCGCCUGACCCACGUGUAUGACCUCUGUAAAGGCAAAAACAUUUGCGAAGGUGGUGAGGAGAUGGACAACAAGUUUGGAAUGGAACAGCAGGACCAUGAUGAGGACCUUACCAAGGAGAAGGGUCAUGGCGGCUGCGGGCGUUACCAGCCGAUCAUUCGGCGCACGGGCCUGGAGCUCUACGCCGAGUGGAAGCACGUGAACGAGGACUCGCAGGAGAAGAAGAUCCUGCUCAGCCCUGAGCGUGUGCAUGAGAUCUUCAAGCGCAUCUCUGACGAGGAGGACAUCAUCUUGGGCAUGGACCCCAAGUUUGCCCGGCCCGAGUGGAUGAUUCUCACAGUGCUGCCCGUGCCCCCUCUCGCUGUCCGACCCGCUGUGGUCAUGCAGGGCUCUGCCCGAAAUCAGGAUGACUUGACUCACAAGCUGGCUGAUAUUGUGAAGAUCAACAACCAGCUGCGGAGAAAUGAACAGAGUGGCGCGGCAGCACACGUCAUCGCUGAGGACGUGAAGCUCCUGCAGUUCCACGUGGCCACCAUGGUGGACAACGAGCUCCCUGGUCUGCCCAGAGCGAUGCAGAAAUCAGGCCGUCCACUCAAGUCCCUCAAACAGCGUCUGAAGGGGAAGGAGGGUCGCGUCCGUGGUAACCUGAUGGGUAAGCGAGUUGACUUCUCAGCCCGAACGGUCAUCACGCCCGACCCCAACCUACAGAUUGACCAAGUGGGUGUGCCUCGCUCCAUUGCCGCCAACAUGACCUUCCCUGAAAUCGUCACACCCUUCAAUAUCGACAGACUUCAAGAGCUUGUGAGCAGAGGGAACAGCCAGUACCCCGGAGCCAAAUACAUCAUCCGUGACAAUGGCGACCGCAUUGAUCUGCGAUUCCACCCCAAACCAAGUGACCUUCAUCUCCAGAUUGGUUACAAGGUUGAACGACACAUGUGCGAUGGUGACAUCAUCAUCUUCAACAGACAGCCUACGCUGCAUAAAAUGUCUAUGAUGGGGCAUCGAGUGCGAAUCCUUCCAUGGUCCACCUUCCGUCUGAACCUCAGUGUGACGACCCCCUACAACGCUGACUUUGAUGGGGACGAGAUGAACUUGCAUCUCCCCCAGUCUCUGGAGACGAGAGCGGAGAUCCAGGAGCUGGCCAUGGUGCCUCGUAUGAUCGUCACCCCCCAGUCCAACAGGCCCGUCAUGGGUAUCGUGCAGGACACACUUACCGCCGUGCGCAAAUUCACAAAGAGAGACGUCUUCUUAGACAGGGGCGAGGUGAUGAACCUGUUGAUGUUCCUCUCCACGUGGGACGGCAAGGUGCCCCAGCCGGCCAUCCUGAAGCCCAGGCCGUUUUGGACGGGCAAGCAGAUCUUCAGUCUCAUCAUCCCCGGCCACAUCAACGUCAUCCGUACCCACAGUACUCACCCCGACGAGGAGGACAGUGGCCCCUACAAGCACAUCUCCCCCGGAGACACAAAGGUGAUUGUGGAGAACGGUGAGCUGAUCAUGGGCAUCCUGUGUAAGAAGUCCCUGGGAACGUCCGCUGGCUCGCUGGUCCACAUCUCCUACCUGGAGAUGGGCCACGACGUCACCCGCCUCUUCUACUCCAACAUUCAGACGGUGGUCAACAACUGGCUGCUCAUUGAGGGUCACUCCAUCGGUAUUGGUGACUCCAUUGCUGACGCAAAGACUUACUUGGACAUUCAGAACACCAUCAAAAAGGCCAAACAGGAUGUGAUAGAGGUGAUUGAGAAGGCCCACAACAACGAGCUGGAGCCGACCCCAGGUAACACGCUCAGGCAGACCUUUGAGAACCAGGUGAACCGCAUCCUGAACGACGCUCGAGACAAAACCGGAUCGUCCGCCCAGAAGUCCCUCUCAGAGUACAACAAUUUCAAGUCCAUGGUGGUGGCUGGGUCCAAAGGAUCCAAAAUUAACAUCUCACAGGUUAUUGCUGUGGUGGGGCAGCAGAACGUGGAGGGUAAGCGAAUCCCGUUCGGCUUCAAGCACCGGACACUGCCCCACUUCAUCAAAGACGACUACGGCCCUGAGAGUAGAGGCUUCGUGGAGAACUCUUACCUGGCCGGACUGACGCCCACCGAGUUCUUCUUCCACGCCAUGGGAGGCAGAGAGGGUCUUAUCGACACGGCUGUCAAGACUGCCGAGACGGGUUACAUCCAGCGUCGUCUGAUCAAGUCUAUGGAGUCUGUGAUGGUCAAAUACGACGCCACGGUGCGGAAUUCCAUCAACCAGGUGGUGCAGCUGCGUUAUGGAGAGGACGGCCUGGCGGGAGAGAGCGUGGAGUUCCAGAACCUGGCCACGCUCAAGCCCUCGCACAAGGCCUUCGAGAAGAAGUUCAGGUUUGACUACAGCAACGAGCGAGCCCUCCGGCGCACCCUGCAGGAGGAUGUGGUGAAGGAUGUGCUGACCAACGCACACGUGCAGAGCGCCCUGGAGCGUGAGUUUGAGAAGAUGAAGGAAGACCGGGAGAUUCUGCGUGCCAUCUUCCCCACAGGGGACAGCAAGGUGGUGCUGCCAUGCAACUUGGCCAGAAUGAUCUGGAACGCCCAGAAGAUUUUCCGCAUUAACCCCCGGACCCCCACAGACCUCAACCCACUGCGGGUGAUUGAAGGUACCCAUGAGCUGAGUAAGAAGCUGGUGAUCGUGAACGGCGAAGACCCUCUGAGUCGGCAGGCGCAGCAGAACGCCACGCUGCUCUUCAACAUCCACCUGCGCUCCACGCUCUGCUCGCGCCGCAUGACCGAGGAGUUCCGCCUGAGCACCGAAGCCUUCGACUGGCUCCUCGGAGAGAUCGAAACCAAAUUCAACCAGUCUAUCGCCCACCCAGGCGAGAUGGUCGGCGCCCUGGCUGCCCAGUCCCUGGGAGAGCCCGCCACCCAGAUGACCCUGAACACUUUCCAUUACGCCGGUGUGUCGGCCAAGAACGUCACCCUGGGUGUGCCCCGUCUUAAGGAGUUGAUCAACAUCUCCAAGCGGCCCAAGACCCCCUCGCUCACAGUCUUCCUGGUGGGCCAAGCGGCACGUGACGCUGAGAGGGCCAAAGACAUCCUGUGUCGCCUGGAGCACACCACACUACGCAAGGUGACAGCCAACACUGCCAUCUACUACGACCCCAAUCCUCAAAACACAGUGGUGACUGAGGACCAGGAGUGGGUGAAUGUCUACUAUGAGAUGCCGGACUUUGACGUGACCCGCAUUUCGCCCUGGUUGCUCCGCAUUGAGCUGGACCGCAAACACAUGACUGACCGCAAACUGACCAUGGAGCAGAUCGCUGAGAAGAUCAACGCUGGGUUUGGUGACGAUCUGAACUGUAUCUUCAAUGACGACAACGCUGAGAAGCUGGUGCUGCGAAUCCGUAUCAUGAACAGCGACGAGAACAAGUUCCAAGAGGAUGAAGAGGUGGUGGAUAAGAUGGAUGACGACGUGUUCCUGAGGUGCAUCGAGUCCAACAUGCUGACAGACAUGACCCUGCAGGGUAUUGAGCAGAUCAGCAAGGUCUACAUGCAUCUUCCUCAGACGGACAAUAAGAAGCGCAUCAUCAUCACGGAGGACGGCGAGUUCAAGGCCCUGCAGGAGUGGAUCCUGGAGACGGACGGCGUGGCUCUCAUGCGCGUCCUGAGCGACAAGGACGUCGACCCCGUUAGGACCACCUCCAACGACAUUGUGGAGAUCUUUACUGUGUUGGGUAUUGAGGCUGUGCGGAAGGCUCUGGAGAGGGAGUUGUACCAUGUGAUCUCCUUUGACGGUUCCUAUGUCAACUACCGCCAUCUGGCCCUGCUUUGUGACACCAUGACCUGCAGAGGUCACUUGAUGGCCAUCACCCGUCACGGCAUCAACCGACAGGACACCGGUCCACUCAUGAAGUGCUCCUUUGAAGAGACGGUGGAUGUGCUGAUGGAGGCCUCGUCUCACGGCGAGUGCGACCCCAUGAAGGGUGUGUCGGAGAACAUCAUGCUUGGCCAGCUGGCCCCUGCCGGCACCGGCUGCUUCGACCUGCUGCUGGACGCCGAGAAGUGCAAGUACGGCAUGGAGAUCCCCACCAACAUCCCUGGCAUCAGCGUGCCUGGACCAACGGGCAUGUUCUAUGGCUCCGCCCCGAGCCCGAUGAGCGCCAUGUCUCCGGCCAUGACCCCCUGGAACAUGGGAGCCACCCCUGCUUACGGUGCCUGGUCGCCCAGCGUCGGGAGUGGAAUGACCCCCGGAGCUGCAGGCUUCUCUCCCAGCGCGGCGUCCGACGCCAGCGGCUUCUCCCCGGGUUACUCCCCGGCCUGGUCCCCCACGCCGGGCUCUCCUGGAUCCCCGGGGCCUGCCAGCCCCUACAUCCCCUCACCAGGUGGCGCCAUGUCUCCAAAUUACUCUCCCACCUCCCCUGCCUACGAGCCUCGCUCUCCUGGUGGCUACACCCCGCAGAGCCCAGGCUACUCCCCGACAUCACCCUCCUACUCGCCCACUUCUCCAUCCUACUCCCCCACCAGCCCCAACUACAGCCCCACCUCCCCCUCCUACUCUCCCACCUCCCCCUCCUACUCCCCGACCUCGCCCUCCUACUCACCCACAUCACCCAGCUAUUCACCCACAUCUCCAUCUUAUUCCCCAACUUCUCCAUCCUACUCCCCAACAUCACCCUCUUACUCUCCCACGUCGCCCAGCUACAGUCCGACGUCGCCCAGCUACAGCCCGACGUCCCCCAGCUACAGUCCCACCUCCCCAUCCUACUCGCCGACGUCUCCGAGCUACUCGCCCACGUCGCCGUCUUACUCGCCCACGUCUCCAUCCUACUCCCCGACUUCACCCUCCUACUCGCCGACGUCCCCGAGCUACAGCCCGACGUCGCCCAACUACACCCCGACGUCGCCCAGCUACAGCCCCACCUCUCCUUCCUACAGCCCGACGUCUCCGAGCUACUCCCCCACCUCUCCGAACUACACCCCGACGUCCCCCAGCUACUCCCCCACCUCGCCCUCCUACUCACCGACCUCUCCAUCCUACUCCCCCUCCAGCCCACGGUACACCCCACAGUCCCCCACCUACACCCCGAGCUCACCCUCCUACAGCCCCAGCUCACCCUCCUACUCCCCGACUUCCCCCAAAUACACCCCCACCUCCCCCUCCUACAGUCCAAGUUCCCCGGAGUACACCCCGACGUCCCCCAAGUACUCCCCGACUUCUCCCAAAUACUCCCCGACCUCGCCCAAAUACAGCCCAACGUCCCCCACCUACUCCCCCACCACACCCAAAUACAGCCCCACCUCGCCGACUUACUCUCCCACGUCCCCAACCUACACCCCCACCAGCCCCAAGUACUCCCCCACUUCCCCAACCUACUCCCCGACCUCUCCCAAGUACUCCCCCACGUCUCCCACCUACUCGCCCACUAGCCCCAAGGGCUCCACCUACAGCCCGACGUCCCCCGGAUACAGCCCCACCUCCCCCACCUACAGCCUCACCAGCCCCGCCAUCAGCCCCGACGACAGCGAUGAGGAGAACAACUGAAGCCCGUCGGAGGACGGGAGCCCAGCCUGCGGCUCCCCCCACCCCAGCGAUUGGCCCUCAGACCCCGGGACAGAUGACUGAUGAAGGACUGCCCCUGCAGGGGAGGCAGUUGGGGUGUUGUGGAGGAGGUGGUAGUGGUGGUGGUUCAGAGAGGAGGCUUAGGACCCUGGGGUCCCACAUGUGAAAGAUUUGUUUAUCGUUUUUGUUUUGGCCCAUCCCCCCCCCCCCCCUCUCCCGGACCACCUCUUCAGCCUCUUCCCUCUCUGUGGGGGGUCACUCUGUAUACUGUUAUUGUAUUUCAUAGACUUGAACUAUUUGGCCAGAGAAUGGCUGCCUUUAAAAAGACUUGUUGUUUUGUUCUGGUUCUGUUUCUGUUUGCUUGUUUUGUUUUUAAUUUUCUGGUGGAAGUUACCUCAGGGUAAUGUAGCCACAGAAUAAGAAAGAAAGGAAAAACCGUGUGGUAAACACAUCAAAAUCUCUUUUCCCAUCCUCUCACCUUCUUCUCCUCCUACCUAUCUCUCUCUGAAAUUCAGUGUUGGAUGUAAAAGAAUGGGAGAGCUCAAGUAUUGCCAAAAGCCUUUGAAAAAAAAAAAAAAGCAAAUGGUGGAUUGUAUUUAUCUGCAAAGCUUUGAAGUUUCAAACUGUUUUGUUUGUUUUUUUUUUUUUUGUCUAAUUUAGAAAUAACUUUAGUGGAGUAGAGAGGAGAGCACAGACCUUUUUAAUAACAUAUUUUAUUCAAAAAAACGUAUCUCAUAGACCUUUGUUUUUUGUGUUCUGUAAAUAUUGUUGCCAGAUUGGCUACUAAGAUUCUGAUUGUUUGGCUUGAUAUGUCCAGAUUGAUGAGAAAUCCGAUAUACAGAGAAUUGUCUUCGUCCAGAAGUGUAUGGUCUCGCUAGCAAUUAGUUUAUUCAUAAAUGCGAGUUGAGAUUUAAUUUUACCUUGUAUCUAAGAAGAGGUGACAUUAGACGUAACGCAACUCAACAGUUGUGAAGGGGGAGGAUUGGUGGCGUUUUGUUUAGUAGUGUACGAUUGAGAGAAGGCGUGGGACAAGGGAGGUGAACCAUCGCAAGUCAAACUGUUGAAAUUGGUCUGUUCUUUUUACACCCCCCCUUUCCCAAACUCUUCACCCCAGAGGAUGCAAGCCUUAUACCUGUGUAGUUAUCUCACCAGCACCUCUCUGUCUCUUUAACCCUGGCAAACCUAGCAGCCAGGACAGACAAAAAGGACAAAAAAGUGAAAGCCAGCAACCAUGUUUCCUGAACGUUGGGAAAGUUUAUUGGGCGUUACAAGGAUAAAGCAGGAAUUCUGUUGAGUUCGUUUUCGUUUCUUCUAAAGAAUGGGCAGUUAGAAGUUGGGAUCUCAAGAAUUAGUGCUUUGUUUAUUUUUCUCUGCAUGAGAACCACCUACCAGAAUUUAUUAAAAUCAGGAUUGUUGGUUUAUUGUCUUUGGGUCCCCUCUUCAGCCUAUACUCUAUAGCAACAAUUUAGUAAAAAGGUAAAAAAAAAAAAAAAAAGUAUAAAUCGUUGAUAUUUUUUUUUUCUUUUUCAAAAUUUUAAUUCAAUGUUCCGUAUAUUUAAGGCAAGUGAAUAAUAUUACUCAUCUGUGUGAAUAAUUGAGGAAAUUUGUGGGGAGAAUUUGUUUUGCCACCCACCCCACCCCAUCCCCCUUAUCUGCUCUGUGUUGGAUCGUUGACGCUGUGAAGAAGAGUUGUCCAGGUGCGUUUUGGUUUGAAGGUGGAGACCACAGAGGCUUGUGACUCUACGCCCAUUUCUCUGGUCUCUUUCCCAAACAAACUGACCAUUGAGUUCAGCUAAUAAUUGACUCGUGCUAUUAUUACUUGACAUUUUUUGAUUCAGGAAAUUUCAACGGCUAUGAAUUUCUUUUACAGUUGAAAGAAAAUGGCCAUUUUCAUUUCACGGUUUCACUUCUUGGGUGAACGACACUUGUGUGGUUAGGGCGAGGCUAACCAAGGAAAUAGACAACUAUGGUGGUUGAAUGUUGUUUAUGAAGGAGAGAAAUGCUUGGCCCAAAACAGCACUUUUUGUACUUUCAGGUUUGGUCUCGGGAAUUAAGUAAGAUUGAUUUUAAAGUGAUUUACAUGGGGAAAUGAGUGUUCUUGAACAAAUCAAUUAGUCCCGUCAUGUUUUAGAUCCAUCCAUCCAUCUAUCUGUUCACACAUUCUUGCUUUUUCUCAGAUUGCACCUGGCCCUCAGACAAAUCAGUGUUUAUUCUCUUCCAACUACCAAGGUCCAGAUAGUUGUGGCGAUAGGGCUCACUGGAGUGGGACGUGAGAUGGGGGGGGAGGCACAAUAUUGUACAGUGCUAGGAGUGUUUUGGUGGAAGGAUAUUGAAGAGCUUUUUCUACCAUUGAUGUGGAACCAAGAUGAAUUCCUUACUUUGAAGGAAUAUGAUUGGAACCACUACCCCCCCCCCCCCCCUUUUUUUUUUUUUUGGUACCCUGUAUAACCAUCCAAGUUUCCUCAAUGGUGUUGGAGACCCUAGAUUGGGCCAGUCUUUGAGGGGCUGUGAGAGUGACCUUAGCAGAGGAACAGUAAGGUACCAUCCGAGAAAGGAGAGCCGCUUGAACUUCAAAGAGCACCGAGCUUCAGUUUCCAAAGCCUUAAGUUGCAAAAUGUUUGGAGGAGGUUUUUUGAGGCGUCUCCCCGUUUUUUUUUUUUUUGGUACAGCGUGUGAAGCUGUGUGUGGGUCCUCACCAAGCCUGGCCAGCCUUCAGCUGUUUGGCUAUUUUGUGUGAUGUCCAGUCGCUGUUGCUGUGUCUCAACUCCUAGAGAGGACUCACCGGGAGUGAGCGAGGAAGAGUGUGUUUGUAUGAGUGAGUGUGCGCAUGUGUCCAUCGGUGAGACAGGGUUUUCCUGAAUUCUGAGUUGAAGACUGGACAGGGUUUUUUUUUUUUGUUUCUUUGUUUUUUUGGGGCAGGGAUGGGGAGGGGGGUUGGAGGAGGAUUUAAAUUAAAAAUUUAAAAUUGCCACUGUAUAGAAAUCAAUCUGAUUUACUUCAUUCUCUGUAUCUAUUUGUUGCGUUUGUUUUUGACUUGAGAAAAAAUAAAAAGUUUUACUACA